AAUUUUGUAUUUUGAUCACUAAUCAACUAUUUAAUAGUUUUUGCUGUCUUCCCAUAGAUCUUCUUGAUGACCUACAUUUCCCAGAGUGUCUGCCUUAAAUUAACAGACACCUUCAACUGCACAGCCAUGACUCCAGAGCAGCGCAUCCUCCUUGGGGCUGACUGGGUCUGGGCUGUGCUAGAGAAACCCACCAAGAACCCUCAGAUCCAGAUCGCUGUGCAGGUCCUACACCUGCUGGAGAGAGAGGAUGCUGAAGAGAAUGCCAACCCCCCGGAGACCUGCAGCGAGUCUGUCCAAAUUGCCCAGAAGGAGUCCAGCAAUAAGACCAUGUACGAAAGGUUAGUGGACUUCUGUGCCUCCAUUGGCAAGGACUGCUAUGCCCUGUUCUUGUUCUUUGGAAAGAAAAAUGACAAGGAGAACAUCUAUGGUGUCCUCAGCAACAAUUUUGAGGCAGCCAUUGGGAAGUGCAACAUGAUUGACAGACCAUUCAUUGAGAACUUCUUCAAAGGUUCAAGGUAUCUCCAUACACCUUCAGGAAUGAUGCGGGCAAUUGUCACCAAGAGAGAAGGAGAUCCUCUCACUCUAAUGGUUAAAUUUAGCUGAACCAUGGGGACUCAUAAAAUUGAUGGCCAAUUACAUGAUACAAGACCACCGUGGUACACUUUGAGUUAUAUAAGUGUGGGGGCUAUUAAUGUAUCUCUUGAUAAGCAACAUUCUGUCUUACUAAAAUGUUAAUUUUGAUAAAGUGAGGGACCUUUGAAAUAAAAUUCUGGAUAUUUUCGCACUUCAACAGCUGAUGAUGAUGCAUCUUACAAGCAUGUAAGUUCACUUAUAGAGUUUUCUGCUGUUUACUUAAAUGGCUCAACUCAGAAACUCAUUAAAACACAUAAUUUAAACUCAAGAACAAACAUACUGCAGUUAGAUGCAAGUUUAGAGAGAUAUUUUCACAUAACCUUCUAAAAUAAUGUAACAUAGUGUCCAAGUUUUAGUUGGUAACUGGUUAGGCAGGUCCCAAUGCAGUGUGUGAAUGAAUGUUACAGUUAAUAUGUGUUUUAAAUGGUUUUCUUUAUUUGCCUGUUUGAGAUACUUCCACAUUGUGCAUUGAACAGCAUGUACCAUACGCUGAAUUUGUACAAGAUGGCAAAAAAAAGGAAAAGCUAUACCCAAAGUUAAAAAUUAGUGGAAUCAUCCUUUAAUUACCAACCCCUCUAUGCAUAUUUGGCCAAGAAACCUAAUCUACCGUCAUUUUGUCCAUAUCAGUCAGAUUUCUUUAAAAGGCCACUCUCACAGUAAUAACAUUCUGUUCAACUGUCCUAGUAAGCGUUGACAGUGUGACAAUGAACCAGCAUACUUAAUACCAGGACCCUGAAUUUGAAGGAACAUGCGGAACAUAUUCAGACCCCCUCUAGAGUACAGUCUAGACCUGCUCUAUAUGUAAAGUGCCUUGAGAUUACUUUUGUUGUGAUUCGGUGCUAUAUAAAUAAAACUUCAGGCACCUCCACCUCCACAUAGACUCUUUGGAUCUCAGCCAGCGUGACCAUCCACUUCAUGAGCUCCUCACUUACUAAGGCCCCUCUACCCUGACUGCUCAGUUAGUCUGCGCAGCCAGAUCCAGUAAGAGUCCUAGGUUUCCCAGGCUUUUAAGAAUUAUGGAGAACACUGUGCUCUUGGAAAACUUCAAUACAUCAGAAUUUUUUUGUAGCCUUCCCCAGAUCAGUGCCUCAACUCGAUCUUGUCUCUGAGCUCUGCAGGCAGUUCCCUCUUCCUCAUGACUUGGUUUUUGCUCUGUUAUGCACUGCCUGGCCAAAUUAUGUCCAAAAUUUUUAGUAUAAGGCUGCAACUUAACAAAAUGUGAAAAAACUGAGGGGGUCUCAAUGCUUUAUGAAUGCACUCUAAAUGUGAACUAUACACACACCAUUGUGCUGUAAACUAAAAUGAGUAAAUGUUACAAGAUUAAAUAUGUAAGUGCAUCCCUCCCACCAAAAAACUUAACUCUAAAAAAAGGAACUGUUCACCCGAAAAAACAAACAAAUAAUGUCUGUUGUAUAUUUACAUGACACAGAAAAAGAAUGAACAAGAGCAGCCCCCUCUAAACAACCUAAGGACAUUGAAAUGUGUUCUUUUAAGUCCCAAAACAGAAAACAGUAACCUAUAACAUGACAAAAGGAUCCAGGUUUCUGUAACCAGCUACCUGCUGUGUUUGGACAAGAGCUUAAUUGAGGUGUCCUUUGCAGUGAUGUCUUGCAUAAGCAGUUUGAGCUAAAUGAUUAUACAUGAACUAUUUUGUUUGUUUGUUGUUUAUAAUGUGAGGGGCCAUCAGAGACAUUAUUAAGAAUUACCAUGCACAUACACAAAAUGAAACCAAACUCAUCCACAUGUGCAUAAGCAUGGCAUUUCUGAAUAAUGUCUCUGAUGCCCCCUCCUAUAUUUAAUUCAUAAGUAGUCUUACCUAAAAACAACUGUUCUUGAGGGGAUUUUCUUGUGUUCUUUAAAUUUGCAUCGUACAUUGCAGAGGCUUAAAAUGAAGGCUGAGUGAACCGUCUCUGUACAUUUGUGUACAUUUUGUUUUAGGAACUGUAGCUAUGAAAUACACACUCAAAUAGAUAUUAAUGACUAAUAAUAAGGGAGGGUUGGAAACAUCUUUGUCUAUCUUUUUUUUGUCUAUUAUAGUAUUUUUCAAAUGUUGUUACCAUAGUACACCAAUGGAAAAAAAUACACUAAUACUAUUAAACAUUCUUCACAAGUGAAACAAUCUAUGCAUUGUUGUUGUCAUUGUCAUUGUUUUACUUUUUAUAAAAUGUUUGUGAUGAGAACUUUUUUUACAGCAUAUCUGCAACAAUGCCAAAGACCUUUCCAAGAGAAUUUAAGGGGAAAUUUGUUCUCCUGCAUGCUGAUGUCCUGAUCUGAUCUCACUACCGCUAGAACCAAUGUAAGAGGGUUGUAAUAUGCACAUGGGAAAUAUAAAUAUAUAGCAGGUUUACUUAAAAAGAACAGUGUAUCAAGCUAACCAGGUUACAAAACAGGGCAGCAUACUGCUGCAUACAGGAUACUAAGCAAAAAGCAGUUUGUCACAAUACAAAUUAAGCAGAAAACAUGAUGCCAAGGUGUAGAACACAAU